AUGAUUGGAUCUCUGAGAAAUGCACAGAUAAUUGACUUCAAAGAGGAGGAUCAAAAUUUCUCCUCGUUGUCAAAAGUAAACAGAGAUUCAGUGAGGCAAUACCUCCAAUUCAGACCUGACCAAUCAGUGAUCAUCUUGCAUGCCAAAGUUGCUCAGAAGUCUUACGGCAAUGAGAAGAGGUUUUUCAGUCCGCCUCCUUGCGUGUAUCUCACUGGACACGGAUGGAGACUUAGACAGGAGCAGCUGAAAGCAUCAGGUCUAGGAGAGUCCAGUUGUCGGCUUUUCGGUUACAUGGGUCUGGACAGCUCCGCUGAUCCACGGACAGACAGUUUCAAGCUGAGCUUUGAGGAGCAGACAGACAGGAGGAUGUUUGCCUGCGCAAAAACCUUGUAUAUCUCAGAUAAGGACAAACGAAAGCACUUUCGUCUGCUGCUACACAUGUAUCACAGUGGAGGGCAAGAAAUUGGCACAUUUACCAGCAGACUCAUUAAAGUCAUCUCCAAACCAUCACAGAAGAGGCAGUCCAUGAAAAACGCUGACCUGUGCAUUUCAUCAGGCUCAAAAGUGUCGUUGUUUAACCGCUUGCGGUCUCAGACGGUCAGUACACGUUACCUGGCGGUGGAAGACGGGGCUUUUGUUGCCAGCGCGAAACAAUGGACGGCCUUCACUGUCACGUUAGUGGAGGAGAUGCCAGCCACUCAUAGUGAAUACACCGUGUGUGACAGCUACAUCUGUUACGGCUGUGUGGUUCAGCUGGUAUGCACUGACUCAGGAGUGGUGCUGCCACCAAUGGUAAUACGUAAAGUGAACAAGCAGCAUGCAUGUCUAGACGUGGAUGAGCCUGUGUCUCAGCUUCAUAAAUGUGCUUUCCAGUUCAGAGACAGUAGCCAUAUGUACCUGUGCCUGUCUAAUGAAAAAAUCAUACAGUUCCAGGCCUCUCCGUGUCCUAAAGAAAGUAAUAAGGUGUUACUGAAUGACGGCUCCUGUUGGACGAUCAUUGGAACAGAGGUGGUUGAAUACACCUUCAGCGAGAGUCUGACCAGUCACCCGACCACCAUCAGCCCUGUACCUGUCAUCAACGGACUAGAGUUGAACGGAGGAGGACAUGUGGCCAUGUUGGAGCUUCACGGAGAAAACUUCGGUCCACACUUACAGGUCUGGUUUGGUAACAUGCAGGCUGAGACAAUGUUCAGGUCCGCCAGGUCUCUGCUGUGUGUCGUUCCUGAUGUAUCCAUAUUGAGUGGUGAGUGGAGAUGGAUGAGACAACCAAUCACAGUGCCUUUAUCCCUGAUCCGAUUGGACGGGCUGAUCCACAGGAGUUCAUAUUCAUUUACUUACACACCAGAGCACAGCGCCCCCUCUCAAGCAAACUGUACAACAGAGAGAACCGCAGACUCGGACUCGCUCAUAGACACCAUUCACCAAGAGUUCACACGGACGAACUUUCAUCUAUUUAUGCAGAGCUGAGAACACACACACACACAUGU